AUGGAUUCUAGAGACAACAAAGUGAAGAUGGAGAGUGGUUCUUCUACGAACAGCUACAAGCAGCAGCAGCCUGAUCCGCUUCCAUGUGCUAAACCGUGCCGAAGUUAUGGGAAUCCGGCUACUGACAACCUCUGCUCCAGGUGCUACAAAGAUUAUUUGGAAAAAUUAGAACAAGUUAAGUUGGAGGUUAAGAUUAAGAAGAUGAAAGCCUCCUCAAAAGUAGACAUUCCUUCCACGAAUCCAUUCCCAUGUUUUGCUGAAGCCAACAACAAAACUGCUACCCACGUUUCAACAAAGAAUAACCGAUGCCACGGCUGUAACAAAAGAGUUGGACUACUGGGGUUCGGUUGCAGGUGCCGAGGAAUGUUUUGCAGCGCCCAUCGGUACCCGGAAGAGCAUGCAUGCAACUUCGACUAUAAGUCCCAAGCUCGCAUUGCUUUAGCUAAGGAAAAUCCUUUGUGCAAAGCUGACAAGUUGUUCAAUAGACUCUGA